AUGUAUGUGAACCGACUGGGGAAACGAAUGCCACGAAACCUUUCGCGAGUUUUGUUUGUGGGCUCCUAUGUAUUCUUGCCUUAUUUGAUAUCCAGAUUGGUUCGAAAAUUGAGGGCCAGACGGGAAGAGGACCAGUCAUGGAUGAGCACAUUCCUCUCCAAUUACACAAAUGUCAUUGAUACCAUCACAAACAUACACGUCGCCCUCUUCUAUUUUGAAGGCCUGUUCUACUCCAUUUCCAAACGAUUGACAGGGCUCCGAUACGUUUUUGGACACAACAAAGAUGCAGACAAGCUCCAGAAGACAGGAAACUAUUCCGUUUUGGGUGGCAUAAUAUUAAUCCAAUUUGCCGUAAAGAUGUUGAUAAAAAUCAAGCAGUACUCUGAGAACCGCAGCUUGCCUCAGGAGGCGACCGACUCGGGACCUAGACAAAAGGGGUAUAUCGAUGACAUUGCAAGCCUCCAGCAGCUCCUGGAGGCACAGGAGUUAAUCAAGAGAAACGAUGUUAUUGCACAGAAUGUCACAAUUGAUCUAUCGGAUGACACGCUUUUGCCCUACAUUCCAAGCAGUUCUCGCAGCUGCAUGCUUUGCUUGUCUCUCAUGGUGAACCCAGCAGCAGCCAACUGUGGCCACAUGUUCUGCUGGGAAUGUAUAGUAGGAUGGGUUCGAGAGCACCCCGAAUGUCCUUUGUGUCGUCAAGUCUGCAUGGAACAAAAUUUGUUGCCACUCCGUUAA